AUGUGUUUUGCCCGGUUGUCGGGGCUGCGGAUGCACCAGCGGUGCGGCGAGGGCUUCACCUGCUCCACUCGGCUGCUGGCCCAUCAGCGGGUGCACUCUGGCGAGAAGACCUUUAGCUGCUCCGAGUGUGGCAAGAACGUCAAGACGAAGAAUGAGCUGAAGAUUCACCAGCGUGUGCACACGGGCGAGAAGCCCUAUGGCUGCUCCACCUGCGGAAAGAGCUUCAAGAGGAAGUAUCUGCUAAAGAUCCACUCGCGGGUGCACACGGGCGAGAAGCCCUAUGGCUGCUCCACCUGUGGAAUGAGGUUUGCCCAGUCAUCGGGGCUGCGGGUGCACCAGAGGAGCUUCAAGAGGAAGUAUCUGCUGAAGAUCCACUCGCGAGUGCACACGGGCGAGAAGCCCUAUGGCUGCUCCACCUGUGGAAUGAGGUUUACCCAGUCGUCGGGGCUGCGGGUGCACCAACGGGUUAUUGGCGGUCAGCAUGAACUCUAA